CCCUUUCUUCAUUCUCUUCGUGUUCUUAGAUCAGUAACUCUGUUUUCUCUCAUGGAAACUAUGCUUACAAGACUUCGUUUCUCCUUCUUCCUUGUUUUUGUCUUUACUUUUUAUGAUCUCUCUUCAUCUUUCUCUCCGAUUGACAACUAUCUCGUCAAUUCUGGCGCCUCCCUGGACUCCACCGUAGACAAUCGUCGUUUCAUCUCUGACUCGUCUGAUUCCUCUAACUCACAUCAUCUCUCUUCACCCGAGACCUUCUCACUCUGUGCUGGAACUCUUCUUCCGGGUCUGCCUCAAAUCUAUCAUACCGCCAGGGUUUUCAAGGCACCGUCGAAAUACGUUUUCGAUGUCAAAGAUCCAGGGAUGCACAUGGUACGUCUCCAUUUUCACCAAUUCAGUUCAUCAAAGUUGAAUCUUCGUGACUCCCAAUUUCACGUUUUGGUUAAUGGGUUGGUAGCUUUGACCAAUUUUAGUGGUGGGAAUUUGGUGGGUCCUAAGGUCAGGGAAUAUUUGCUUUGCGUUCAUUCAGAAAAGCUUGAAAUCACUUUUGUUCCUGCUGAAAGAUCGAAAUUUGCUUUUGUUAAUGCGAUUGAAGUUAUAUCUGCGCCUCAAGAUUUGAUACUGGAAACUGCUCAAUCUGUCAACGGUGACAAAGUUAAGCCUUUUGAGGGGUUAAAUCAACAAGCAUUUGAAGUUGUGCAUAGGGUAACUGUAGGAGGUGCUAAAGUUACUCCUUUUAAUGAUACUUUGUGGAGAACUUGGGUGCCUGAUGAUGACUAUAUGAAAUCGACCGAAGGAUCGACUAGGGUGUACUUUGCUGGUAGAAUUAAGUACCAAACUCACGGGGCGAGUCGUGAAGUUGGUCCUGAUAAUGUGUAUAAUUCUGCUCGGUUGAUUCAAAGCAAGAAUGCUUCUAUUCCUAAUGUGAACCUUACAUGGGAGUUUCCGGUGAUGGAGGGUUAUAAGUAUCUUGUUCGGAUGCAUUUCUGUGAUAUUGCUAGUAUAUCCCUUGGAUUGCUGUUUUUCAAUGUUUAUGUUAAUGGCCAUUUAGCCUAUAAGGAUUUUGAUCCCUCGGCUGUUACAAAUUACUUGUUGGCUUCUCCCAUUUAUGCGGAUUUUGUCAUUGAUGCUGAUCAUUCAGGGUUUGUGAGUGUAAGUGUUGGGCCUUCUAGCAAAAGCAUGGCAUACGCAGUUGAUGCUAUUUUAAAUGGGGUGGAGAUCAUGAAGAUGAAUAAUUCAGUAGGUAGUCUUGAUGGCGAGCUGCCUGCAGAGUCAGUUUUGAAGUGUUGGCCAAGAAGAAGUGCUGGUAUUCUGCUUCCUUUGAUUGCUCUUGUGUGUUUACUACUGAGCUUAUCAGCGAUUAUCCAUAGGAGGAACACAAACAAGGUCGACUCUGUGCCAUGGUCAAAAUUGCCUGUGGAUGUCCCAGAAGUUUCUCCGAAGCAAGGCAAACAACAAUUAUCAAGUAGAGUAUAAAGAUUGUUAAGGAUCCACUGGCUUUGUAAUAUAUAAGUAACUUGUUGGGGAUACCACAUACUAUUAGAAUGGAGGCUAGUAGUUCACGCAUACUAAAGGUUUCUUCGAGUUUGAAUUUGAAGUUUGUGAAGAGCUUUGUCUCCGUGUAUUGUUGUCUGGUUAAUCUGUAUGAAAGCUGUAUUAAGAAAAUACAGUGUUGUUUGCAAUGCAUAUUUUGCAUUUUAUUAUCAAUAUAUUACCAUGAUCAUGUUUGUGAUGCUGAAA